UCUCCGCGCACAAGACGGUUUCCUCUCGGCUUUCUGUCCUUCCUCUCGCCGAACUUCUCUAAAAACCCUAGAGACUUUUUCAAAUCUCUCGAGUUCGAUAUCCCCUAAAGCCUCGCGAUUUUUUCCAAGCUCUCGAGUUCGAUUUCCCCUUCUCCCACCAUCAAAACCCUAAACCCUCAUGCGGCGCUCCAAAUUUAAGAAUUCCCUCUCCGGCAAGCAGCGGCGGCUCUCGGAGGCGCACGAGAUCGAGCUUUUGGACUCAUGGAUCGAGGUCAUGAAACCCGACUCAGGCACCAAUCCCCUCUCUAUCCCUCCACCGCCCCCCACCGCCCCAGUCGGUCGGAUUCUGGGCGGCGGCUUCUCGCCGUACGCCGGCUGCAAGCUCUUCCGCCAGCUUCCCAUCUCCCAGAAGACCAAGGACGGGCUGGCGCCUAAGUACACCGAGAUGAGCGAGAUUCAGCGCGCAUCGCUGCCUCACUCGCUGUGUGGCCGCGACAUCCUCGGCGCCGCCAAGACCGGCUCUGGAAAAACCCUAGCUUUCAUCAUCCCGGUGAUAGAGACGUUAUACAGAGCAAGAUGGGGUCCUGAAGAUGGUGUUGGGAGCAUCAUAAUAUCACCUACAAAAGAAUUGGCUGGACAACUUUUUGAGGAGUUGAAAACUGUAGGGAAACACCACAGUUUGAGUGCAGGUCUUUUAAUUGGUGGCCGUAAAGAUGUUGAUGAAGAGAAACAACGUGUUAAUAGUCUCAACAUUUUGGUGUGUACACCCGGUCGGCUCCUCCAGCACAUGGACGAGACCCCAAAUUUUGAAUGUUCGCAGCUCCAGGUUUUGGUUCUUGACGAGGCAGAUCGUAUUCUUGAUGCGGGUUUUAAGAUGGAAGUAGAUGCAAUUAUUUCUCAACUUCCAAAACAAAGACAAACCUUGCUUUUCUCUGCAACCCAAACAAAGUCAGUUAAAGACUUGGCAAGGCUCAGUUUAAAAGACCCAGAGUAUAUCAGUGUGCAUGCAGAAUCUGUGACAGCAACACCUGAACGAUUGAAACAGAUAGCUAUGAUAGUUCCACUUGACCAGAAGUUAAAUAUGCUCUGGAGCUUCAUCAAAGCAAAUCUUCACUCAAAGAUACUCGUCUUUCUUUCAAGCUGCAAGGAGGUUAAAUUUGUCUACGAAGCAUUCAAGAAGCUUCGCCCUGGAAUCCCUUUGAAAUGUCUGCAUGGACGGAUGAAGCAAAAUGUAAGGAUGGCAAUAUAUUUAGAGUUCUGUGAAAAAACCUCCGUUCUCUUUUCAACUGAUGUGGCAUCUAGAGGACUGGAUUUCCCAGGAGUCGAUUGGGUGGUCCAGGUUGACUGCCCAGAAGACAUUCCAGCUUAUAUUCACAGAGUUGGCCGCACUGCCCGCUUUACCAGUGAGGGAAAGUCAGUAUUAUUCCUCUUGCCAUCAGAAAAGGAAAUGUUCACAAAGUUACAAGCAGUUGAACCUAAAAUACCAAUUCAAUUGAAAAAGCCAAAAACAGAAAAAUUACAACCAAUAUCGGAACUAUUGUCAUCAUUGCUGGUUAAGUAUCCUGAUAUGCAGCAUCUAGCAAAAAGGGCAUUUGUCACAUACCUGAAGUCUAUACAUUUGCAGCGGGACAGAGACGUCUUUGAUGUGUCCAAAUUGCCUAUAGAAGAGUUUGCUGCAUCUUUGGGUCUACCCAUGACCCCAAAGAUCCGCUUCAUAAGUCAGAAACAAACAAAGCAAAAAGCAUCCGUGGAAACCAUUCAUGAACAAGAGAAUGGAACCAAGGUUGUGAACAGAGAAAUGCAAAGUAUUGAUAGAUCAAAUAUGGAAAUAGAAGAUGAUGUCCUUUUGCCAAAGGAAACCUCCUUGAUAGAUGCAGAGGGAAACAAACCAGCAGAUUUAUCCACCAGGGUCUUGAAAAAGAAGAAGCUGAAGAUCAAUGUGCAUAGGCCACUUGGAACAAGGGUCAAAUAUGAUGAGGAGGGAAAUGUAAUCCCCCCACUAGCUGCCCUGGCUGAUAUGGAUAGUGGAGAUGGGGCCCUUCACCCAGAUAAAGUUAAAGAGCGAUAUGCAAAGUUGAGAGAAGAAAUGAAAGAGCGGGACAAAGAAGACAAAAUUCUGCACCGGGAGCGUCUGCGCGAUAGACGGACAAAGGAGAAGAUAAAGCGGAAGAGAUGGAGGGAAGGUGAAGAAGAGGUAGACAAGGAGGAUGGUGGGUCAGAAUCAGAUGAUACUGAGAAAGGAAAGCACAAGAGAUCAAAGAUAUAUUUUGAUAGUGAUAAUGACGAUGAUGAGAAGAAGGGAAAAGAGAAUGUGGGUGUCAGUGCAGAUUCUGUAUCUAUAGCAGAGCAGGAAGCUCUGGCACUCAAGCUGUUGAGCUCCAUGCAUUCCUAACCAUGCGUUAUUUAAAUCAAAUCUGCUGCUCUGUAGCAUUAUUUACUUUUAAAUUGAGGGGUGGAAUUCCAUCUUUCUGCUGAAAAAUUUUCUGGUGAUCAUUACUUA